CGGCUACUGCUGGACAGAGACAUUUACUGAAGAGAACUGAAUUUGAACUGAACCUCUGGGGGAAUAUCAGGAUCAUGGAUUCCAGAAGUGUCCUUAUGUUGCUCUGUUUGCUGACAACAUCCUCAUGUCAGCCUUGGAGGGCAUGGUGGAUGCCAGACAGGAGGCAGCCUCCUCCUGUUGUCUCCUUGGAACACCUCCAAAAGAUCCAUGGAGGAGAAGAUGUCAGAGCGCCUCAGAAGCCUGGAUUGGAGGCAGGGGAAAGACCCCCUUGGUGGGCAUCAUCAGAGGGAGCAAGGAACCAGCUCAGCCUGUUUAGGAGCUCUGUACCUGGACACCGUUUUCCCCGUCAUCUACUGGCUUCACCUCCUGUGCGUGGAUGCCACCUUGGUACUUGCCAGAUCCAGAACCUUGCCAAUCUGCUCUAUCGUUACGGGGGCAACAACCAGAAAGAUGAAUCCAGCAAGAACAACAAGGGCGCUACUGGUCCCAUGGGCUACGGCCGCAGGAAACGUCGGGCAGUCAGCGUGCCCACUUAAGAGCCCCUGUGCAGAUGAAGGAAAUACUGGCAUUAACAAAACUGGGUCCCCAGCAUCCGCAAGGGCCUGCAGAACUGGUUGGAUGGCCAACAGCAUUUGGCGGUUCUGCUCCAAAUAGCAAUGGGCAUCUACAGAAGCUUUCUUGGCAAAGUGGGAAGCUGGGAGCUUGACCUGAGAGUGGGGGUGGCUCCAAUUUGGGCCACUGAUGUUCACCCCAAACUCCAAAAGCAAGCAGACUCCAGAGUGCAUGCCUGGUAGGAAUCAUCCUUGGCUCUGCACUGCUCCUGUGCACCUUCCCAUCUGUUCCUGUGCAAUGGAGUUGUGUUUGUUGUGGUCAAGCCUGUCCUCCACUGGGGCAGUGGUCAAGACAUAACAAUCGAGAAAGAGAGGAAGAGAGAAGGUGGCAGAAUUCCUGGAAAAGACAGUGGAACAUCUCAGCAUUGUGGACAACUCCUCUACAAAAUGGAAGUUGAUAUUACCCACUAAAGACAUUGUAGGCAGAGUGGAUGAGUGGAGGGGCAGAAACAAGAGAGCCUAAAGCCAUUCUCUGACUGUGGGGCUGUUUACUUCAUUUGUGCACAUGGAUUUGUUUGAGAGAUAAUUGUUAGUAAAGAGAUCUGCAAUCUUUAAUGGUGUAUGUGUGUUGCUCUCUCAUGAGUGUGUCUGUUCUUUGUGCAAG